UUAUAUUUUGUGUUUUGUACGAUUAUUUUAUUCAGCAUCAUGUUUCAUCUAGCAAAGACAAUUGGCUCGGUUGCAAAAGCUGCACGGCGUUAUGUGCCAACGAAAAAUUUUAAUCGUACUGCUUCGUUCACAAUCCAUCAUCACUGCCACGACUGUGUGGUCAUUGGAGCUGGAGGAGCUGGGCUCAGAGCCGCUGCUGGCCUCGCUCAAGCUAGUUUCACUGUAGCUUUGGUGUCCAAGCUGUUUCCAACUCGGUCCCACACCAUCGCUGCACAGGGAGGCAUGAACGCCGCUCUUGGAAGUAUGCACAAAGACACCUGGAAGUAUCAUUUUUAUGAUACCGUCAAAGGCUCAGAUUGGCUGGGCGAUCAGGAUUCAAUUCAUUAUCUGACACGAAAUGCUCCAACAUGCGUUAUAGAGCUGGAAAACAUGGGUAUGCCAUUUUCAAGGACAAAGGAGGGAAAGAUAUACCAAAGAUCUUUUGGAGGCGGAACUAUAAACUUUGGUAAAAGUAUAGCCAAACGAACAUGUGCUUGUGCCGACCGUACCGGCCACGCUUUACUUCAUACUUUGUACGGUUACUUAACGCAAUUUAAGCACGUCGACCCAUUCUAUGAGUAUUUUGUGAUGGACAUCCUUGUUCAAGAAGGGGAGGUAGUUGGAUGUCUUGCCAUUGAUAUGAAUGAUGGCAGUCUUCACAGGUUCCAAGCAAAGAACACGAUAAUAGCGACUGGUGGCUACCCAAGGAUGUAUUUCUCAUGUACUGCUGCCCACACUUGUACUGGUGACGGUACAGCAAUGGCCACCAGAGCUGGUAUUCCACUUCAGGAUAUGGAGUUCAUCCAGUUUCACCCGACUGGUCGUGGAGUAGGACCUAAGAAAGAUCACGUCUACCUCCAGCUCCACCAUCUUCCUGCGGAGCUGAUAAAGGAAAAGUUACCCGGGAUUUCAGAGUCAGCCUUCACGUUUACAGGGGCUGAUGUAUACACGCAACCUGUACCCGUUAUACCCACUGUGCAUUACACUAUGGGUGGCCUUCCUAUCAACUACAAGGGAGAGGUCUUAAUGUACCAGGGGGGCAAAGAUUGUACAGUACCGGGACUGUUUGCUGCCGGUGAGGUGGUAACGAAUGCUCAUGGAGCCAACAGGCUGGGUGCUAACUCAAUUCUCGACGUCGUUGUAUUCGGGAAAUCAAUCGCUGACACUAUAAAGAAGAACUAUAAACCAGGUGACAAACAAAUGACCUUGAAAGAUAAUUUGUGUGAUUGUUCUCUUGACAAUUUUGAUAAAAUUAGAAACGCGAAAGGCUGCGUUACAACCCAUGAACUGAGGGAAGCCAUGAGACACACAAUGCAGAACAAAUGUGGAGUAUUCAGAGACGCAAAACUAUUGAAUCAAGCGGAUGAGGAAAUUCAAAAAUGGUACAAGGCUUAUGAAGAUAUCCAAGUAGUGGACAAGCGAUUGAACUGGAAUACAGACCUAAUUGAAACUCUGGAGUUACAAAAUAUGCUGCAGUGUGCUGUGCAGGUGGUGGCUUGUGCUAAAAAUAGGACAGAGAGCAGAGGAGCCCACUUUAGGGACGAUUUUCCUAAACGAGAAGAUGAAUUUGACUACAGUAAACCAACUGAGGGCCAGAAAAAGAAACCAUUCGCUCAGCAUUGGAGGAAGCAUUCGUUGUCUACAUUAGACCUGAGUUCAGGCAAAGUAGAAAUAACUUUUAGACCAGUCAUCGAUAAGACUAUGAAUGAUGAAGUCAAGUGGAUUCCUCCCGUACCUAGAGUCUAUUGAUUUAUUUUUUGCUGUACAUUUACUCUAAAUAGAAGGAGAGGUGGCGCUAGUUUAAAAAGUGAUAAUAUCAGCACAUAUUAUAGUAAUAGUUAUCUCCUCAUAUGUGUGAGCGGUGAGCGUCAACCGCUCAACUACAGUUGCAGUCGGGAGGUCGAAAGUUGCCUGAAAAUUCUUUUAGUCUUUUUAUUAUUCGUUAAGUUUUGUGAAUCAGGUCUAAAGAUGAUCCUUAACUAAAACAAAGGUCAGCCACUAUUCGUUCGUUGUUUUAAACGUCAGUAGAGCAGAUUAAGAUUGCGUUGAUAUGAAAGUAAAAGCGAUUAUGACCUCGUGAAAUUUGUCCAGUUGAAUACUUUGUUGUUAGAAUAAUAGUAAAACGAAUCAGCUGCAAGUUUGCGAAGCACUACCAUAAAUAUGUUGCCCGCUUGGUAUAUAUUUCACAGUUUUAAGUCACUUCAACUGAUGGAUAA